GAGAACAAUUCACCCUGUAAGCGUUCCUAUAGUCUAUGGCCUUGUAUGUGGUGUAUUUUUAUACAUUUUCUGUACAACUCUCCUACAAAUCAUGGUAGCGUUACUUUCUACAAGCUAACUUGGUGGAGGAGAGAAUUGCUGUUGUUUUUGCAAGUGCUCCAAACUAAACAAUAAAAUGGAUAAUUUGUCAUUGCCUUCCACAAUAAAUGACCCAUAUGAACCUUAUCUGACAUGUUGUCUCUAUCGCCAGGAGAACAUUUUAUAGUGCCUUUCAACAUCAAGUGGCUGAUGCUGCAAUUUUCUAGUUAGGACAGUAUCGGACCAAGAUGCAGAGAGCUUUGACAGAGUUUUCAUGGGGGAUUAUUUCUCUUCCUGUUCAUAGGUUAAAGUUAAGUAGUCAGAUCCUUCACAUGUCCUCAUUCACUCACAUUUAUCUUCCCAUCAGUCUGCUACUGAUGUUUUUUUCUCCCCAGUGCAUCAUGUCCUGAACAAUGUCUACUGAAUGUGCAGCAGCGAGUGAGCCAUAAAAAAAAAAUAUAGCCCUGUGCAGAACAGCUCACAAUCAAAAGAGCAUUUUCAAGACACCGAUUUACUCCCUGUUUUGGUGGUACUGACAUUUAACAAUGCAAGUGAAUCGUCCUGUACUGACUCUUUGCCUUCUUGGCACAGUUGUCCUGUGUGUAGUGGCAAACUCAACACAGGCUCCUCAAAUUACCACAACAGAAUCUCCACCAACUAUCACGAUUUCCACGGACACAACUGUCAAACCUCCCAUGACCACAACUCUUCCAUCCACCUCUUCCACAAGUGGUCCAGCUACCACUUCCACAAGUGGUCCAGCUACCACAAGUGGUCCAGCUACCACUUCCACAAGUGGUCCAGCUACCACUGGUCCAGCUACCACUUCCACAACUGGUCCAGUUACCACUUCCACAAAUGCAACAGCUACAACUACAACCAAACCCAGCACCACUCCUAUAGAAACUGAGCCUGUGGGAGGACUUUCAUCUGGUGCUAUAGCCGGUAUAACCGUUGGCUCUAUUGCUGGGGUGGCUGCUGUUGGUGGUGGUAUAUUUGGCGCGCUGAAGUACACUGGGAGGAUCUGAAAUCAAUUAUUGCCAUACAAGGGUAUAAAUAGUUAUGGGUUGUAAGCACAAAUAGAUGAAAUCCAGACCGUGUUAACUGAAGAAUAAAAAACUCCAAAUGUUUGAAAGGCUCAACUCAGAAUAACAUUAUAUAUGUAAUAUGAUAAGGAUGUCAUGGGCCCAGAGGAAGACAUAAAAGGAAAACAUUUGAAUGUUGUCUGGCUGUAGGUCAGGAACUAAUCUUUGGUGGAUCAAAAGACUACAAUGAAAUAUGCAAUAUACUUUUAGUGUAAACUAUAAUGGAAACUCCUUGUCUAAUGGAUUAAAUGCCAUUGCCUGGGUUCAA